AUGGAGCAGGAUAAUUUGGAGCUAACGAUUGUCAUUCUCGGUGCGGCUUCGAGCACCAACCGCACUCAGCGUGGGCGUAGUUGCGCUUUAUUUUCUGUGCAGGCUGUGUCAAUCUGCCAAGGUGGAUGCAUGCGUGUGCGUAUGCGUCAAGGCUUCGACGACAGCUGCUUUAACGAUCCACGACCCUCCCCCAGACUUAUGCCCAAUGACGAUGCACAAUCUACGUACAGUUUAGUUGAGGACUUAUUCGGUGAACUGAUUGACAUUCUGCUGCUAGUAUCCAACUGGUUGACGGUAGCUGUCGCUGUGGAGAGAUACCUUGCCAUAUGCUAUCCACUAAUUUUUGCUCCAGCAGCUCGUGAUUUUUCGAGCAGUGACGAUUGCACCUCCAACUGCAAGUCCAACAUCUCGGAGACAACACGGCUAACGGUGCCCUUCACAGUGAAUGGGCCACUUGCGCGAGAGAUGGGCCAGCAUGUAUCACGAGAGGAAAGGGCAAUAAUCAUCAAUCUAACCUGCCUGAUCGCUUACUUCAUUUUGGUUUCGCGGACAAUUGAGGCUCCUCCGAACCGUGCUAGUGGCACCUCCCCAGCCCUUCCACAGGUCGAAAAUACAUAUUCCGCCCCAGUAUUAGCUCUUCUCUUGCCCUCAGGGAAGACUCGGGGCGCUCUAUCGGUGGCGGCGGAAAUGGCCGAAGCGUACGUAACACUUGCCACUAAUGAUGAGUACUGCUGUGGUGCCUUGGUCUUGGCGGACUCUCUCCGAAAAGCAGGAACUACCAAAGAACUCGUUUGCAUGAUUACUAACUCCGUUUCGGAUAAGAUGAGGGCGACCCUGGAAGAAUUUUUCGACCACGUUGAGUUGGUUGAUGUCUUGGAUAGCAGCGAUUCGGAAAAUCUCAAGCUUCUUUCAAGGCCCGAUCUUGGUGUUACCUUUACGAAGCUUCAUUGCUGGCGACUCACGCAAUAUUCUAAAUGCGUAUUUAUGGAUGCAGAUACUCUGGUCUUGCAAAACAUCGACGAUCUUUUUGAACGAGAGGAAUUAAGUGCCGCUCCGGAUCCGGGCUGGCCGGAUUGUUUCAAUUCCGGUGUUUUUGUAUACACUCCCAGCCUAGACACCUACCGAGCUCUCCUUGACUUUGCCCUCUCGGAAGGCAGUUUUGAUGGUGGUGACCAAGGUCUGUUGAACCUCUUCUUCUCGGACUGGUCUACCAAGGAUAUUCGUCGUCACCUUCCCUUCACUUACAAUUGCAUCUCUCAGGCUUUCUAUUCCUACCCGCCUGCUAUGAAGCGAUUCGGCUCACAAAUCCGUGUUGUCCACUUCAUUGGCGCGGCGAAGCCCUGGCACCAGCAGGUCAACCCCGAGGCCGGCAGUCUCACGCCUUGUGACGAGAUCAGUGCACAGUCUUUGCGGUUUCUCAAUUUUUGGUGGCAUCUCUUCUUCACUGACAUCAAACCAAAGAUCAGUCCUACUGUUGGUGGCUUAGUUGGACAUCUGGCGACUCUUGAAGUGAGCGAGGGUCCCAUUCUACGCUCACAAUCACUGUCCCUGCCUCCCAUGGAUCGUCAGGGCAGCUGGGAGCGUGGUGAAAUCGACUACACUGGCGCUGAUCGAUUCUCGAAUAUUCAGGCUGCUCUUGAUAAACGUCUGAGUGAAUGA